AUGUCUGUGGAGGAACACUGCUCGACCAAUGCUUCUGACUGGACAGUAAUUCUGGGACGGCUCAAACAGAGCAGCUCCAACACCUAUGAGGCCGUUAUAAGUGUGACCAAAAUCUCAAUCAGCAGUGAUCUGGUCAACAACGUAGCAGUACUGCAGUUGUCUCGUAAGCCAACGCUUUCAGACUACAUUCAGCCCAUAUGUGUGGACCUGGGGGACAACAGCUUCCCUGUCAACACUCAAUGCUGGGCAUCUGGCUGGGGAUCAGGAGGAGGAGCUGAGCAAACUCUUCAGCAGUUCAACACUACUAUAGUGGAGUGUGGGAGCGCAUCCUCAUCUAACAAAACCAUCUGCACUGGAGUCAUGCCCUUAGAACAGACUAGUAUUGGCGGCCCUCUGAUGUGUAAAGUUGACCAAUCAUGGGUCCAGCCUGCAGUUUUGACUCUGGUUCCCAAGGUGCCUCGUGCCUCUGACGUCCAGGUCUUCAUUAAAAUCUCAAGUGUCUCAGAAUUCCUGCAGGAGGUGGUGGGCACUUUCCCUCCAAAAGCCAACACCACAUCUUCCAACACCACCACCAUCGAGCCUGUCAGUUCCAGUACAUCUUCAUUGCUCUUCUUUACGUCUCUCCUUCUGCUCUCUCUUCCUGUUCUCAUUUAAACGUUCAGUUAAGAAUGAGCAAGUUA